AUGCAGAAUAAGGUAGUUUGUAUUUUGUCUCUGCUACUAUCAACAACGUGGGUACAUUGUGAAACUCAGGAAGAAGUGCAGAAAGAUGACGACUUGAAAGGUGAAGCUACUGGUUACGGUGGUGGAGGAGGAGGAGGAGGCUAUGGAGGCGGAGGAAUAGGCGGAGGUGGAUUUGGUGGUGGUGGAGGUGUUACUAUACAGGCUAUACCAAUAGGCGGAGGAAUAGGCGGAGGAAUAGGUGGAGGUGGUUAUGGAGGUGGCGGAGGGGGAUAUGGCGGUGGGGGUGGAGGCGGAGGCGGAGGAGGUUAUGGUGGUGGAGGCGGAGGCGGAGGCUCAGUUGUUCUAGGACUUCUUGCUGUGCCAUUACAACUACAAAGUGGAGGUGGUGGUGGAUUUGGUGGUGGAGGAUUUGGUGGCGGCGGAUUUGGUGGAGGAGGACUUGGUGGCGGCGGAUUUGGUGGCGGAAAGGGUGGUGGAGGAGGAGGCAAAGACUUUAAAAAGGUUAAUUGUAAUGCACCCUUGGUUUCACUCAGAGCCAAAGCUCCGAGUUACUUGUAUCGCCCUCUGCGGCAAGUAGUUUGUAUUUUGUCUCUGCUACUAUCAACAACGUGGGUACAUUGUGAAAGUCAGGAAGAAGUGAAUAAAAAUGACGAUUUGAAAAGUGAAGCUACUGGUUACGGUGGUGGAGGAGGAGGCUUUGGAGGCGGAGGAAUAGGUGGAGGUGGAUUUGGUGGAGGUGGAGGUGUCAGUAUACAGGCUAUACCAGUUGCAGUAGGUGAAGGAUUCGGUGGUGGAAAAGGUGGAGGUGGUGGAGGGGGUUAUGGCGGUGGUGGCGGAGGAGGAUAUGGCGGUGGUGGCGGAGGAGGAUAUGGCGGUGGUGGAGGAGGAGGAUAUGGCGGUGGAGGUGGAGGAGCAGUUGCUCUUGGAAUUCUUGCUGUGCCACUGCAACUACAAGGUGGAGGAGGAUUUGGUGGAGGUGGAUUGGGUGGAGGAGGAUUUGGUGGAGGCGGAUUUGGUGGAGGUGGAUUUGGCGGAGGAGGAUUUGUUUAUACCAUUCUAGCUAUACCAGUUGCAGUAGGUGGAGGAUUUGGUGGCGGAAAAGGUGGGAGUGGUUAUGGCGGUGGCGGAGGAGGUUAUGGAGGUGGUGGAGGGGGCUAUGGCGGUGGAGGCGGAGGGUCAGCUGUUUUAGGACUUCUUGCUGUGCCAUUACAACUACAAGGUGGAGGUGGAUUUGGUGGGGGAGGAUUUGGUGGUGGAAGGGGUGGUGGCGGAGGAGGAGGCAAAGGAGGCGGUUAUGGAUGGUGGAAUGUAGUUUGUAUUUUGUCUCUGCUACUAUCAACAACGUGGGUACAUUGUGAAAGUCAGAAAGAAGUGAAUAAAGAUGACGAUUUGAAAAGUGAAGCUACUGGUUACGGUGGUGGAGGAGGAGGCUUUGGAGGCGGAGGAAUAGGUGGAGGUGGAGGUGUUAGUAUACAGGCUAUACCAGUUGCAGUAGGUGGAGGAUUCGGUGGUGGAAAAGGUGGAGGUGGUGGAGGGGGUUAUGGCGGUGGAGGCGGAUAUGGCGGUGGUGGCGGAGGGGGAUAUGGCGGUGGAGGUGGAGGAGCAGUUGCUCUUGGAAUUCUUGCUGUGCCACUGCAACUACAAGGUGGAGGAGGAUUUGGUGGAGGAGGAUUUGGUGGAGGGGGAUUUGGUGGAGGAGGAUUUGGUGGAAAUGAAGCUAAUUGA